AUGAAUGCACCGAAGCUUGAGGUUACAGAGCUCGACAAGUUCUCACAGUGUAUAAUGAAACUUGUUUUGAUAUAUUCACGUGCUUACUGCCACGGAUUCCCACACUUUGGGAAACUUUUACUCAUCCUCUAUGAUUAUGACUCCAGCUUCUACAACAAAAACGGAAACAUGAAGUAUUUCUCCUCAAGUGACACUGCUAAGCAAGUAUUUACUCCUAUCGUUUCAUUCUUCUACGAAGAACCAAUCAAGUUAUUCGAAUCAUAUCUUAUCCAGAAUCCUUCCUUCGAAAGUUUUGAUUUCAUAUUCAAACUUAUCAAGGCUUUCCAUCAAUUCAAUGAUCCAAAUCUUACUACCAAAUUCAUCAACAACAUUACUCCGUCCCUACUCUCCCUAUUUGCCUCUCUCAAGGACAAGAAUAUCAGAGAGAUCGACACACAGGUACUCAGAGACUUAUUCAUCGCUGCAACCAAUACUAUUGGCUCAAGGAUUGAAAUACUUUCUGCUGCAGAAGUAUGUCUUACCAGUGGAAUUGUUGAGAAACAGAUAAUCGGAGCCCAAAACAUCUCCAAAGUUGCUUCAAUGCCCGACAACAAGUUGUUUUACGAGUGGUCCGACCAUUUCCCACUCAAAGACUAUCUAAUGGACCAAGAAAUGCACCAAACAUUGUUUACAACGCUUAUUCCAGCAUUCAAUGCCUAUUUCAAGGAACAUCCGAUGGGUGACGAUCAGAUUUGGACCCUGUUUAACAAAGCGAGGACAUUUCACCCUGCAUUAAAAGAACCUUAUUUAGAUUUCAUUGCCAAAUGGUUGUCCGAUGCCAAACUUGCACAUUCAUUCCUUGAUUACGUGAAAUCAAACACCUGUGACAAAGAAAUCUCCAUGUUCUUGAUCGCUGUUCUUAAUUCAUGGCCUGACAAUGACUUGAAAAUUCCUCAUUCCAUCAUUGAAUUCUUUUUCUCUAAUAAUGAACCUCUCCAGGUUUUCAUCAACAAUCUCGAAGAGACAAGGAAAUCAAAGCACUCUGAUUUCAUAGCUGAUUUGAUCAUCAACUGGAUUAAUUCACAAAAUUCAAAUGUCUCAAUUUUCAAACCAAUUCUCAAAAAACAAAUUUUUGAGAAGAAAAUGUCAGAAAUUUUGAAAGCGGUUUUUGAUUCAAUUUCAAGCGGUUCUGACAAUUGUUAUGAAUUAUUCAAGGAAAUAGAUAUAACAGGCAAUGAAUCAAUUGUUUAUUCAUUAGUUAAUAAUGUUUUAGGCAUAAUUCUCAAAGAGAACUUUUGGAAAGUUCUUGAUCCAAUUUCAACUAUAUCUGCUUUGAGUAAUAAGAAAGAAUUGGCACAAGAAUGGAUAGAAACACUUUCAAAUCUGUCAAUGGAGAAUGCAACAUUGGAUGCAUUGAAAUUCUGUUAUAGAUUGUCACAUGUUACAAUGACAGUUCAAAAUAAAACUUCUUUUGACAUGAAAAGUGUCAAACCGAUGCUUAAAAUGAUUGAAGAAUCAAAUGAAGAAGUUGCCAAUGAAGCAAUUAAAGAUAUCUGCUAUGAACUGUUAAGACCACCUGAAUCACAUUUCGAAGAAAUAUAUGAUUAUAUAUUAGAAGAUAUAACUGACAGAAAACUUUUACUUUUGGACAGUUUGAUCAAAUAUAAUUCUAUUGCUAGUUAUCAGCCAAUGUUCAGGAAACAUGGAAGAAUAAGACAGAACACGAGAACAUUCAUUGUUGAUAAAACAAAAAUUGAUGUUGAAGAUACUGAUAAUUGUGAAUUUAUUAUUUCUAAAUAUGCUAAAAUUCACAAAAAAGUUAUUAUGAUGUAUCAUGGAAGUGAAAGAGUUGAAUCAUUAGAUCCAUGUUCUGCUUAUCCUGAUGGAACUGAAUUCACUGUCAUGAAAGCAAAAGAUAUUCAAAUGAAACCACAAAAAGAUUCAAUAAACUACUUGAUUUCUAAAGGAAUCUGCGAAAUACUCCUCUCAGUUCUCGAAGACAAUCCAAUUGCUUACAGUAUUUUAUUGAGAUUACCAACAAUGGAAUUUUUGUCAGAAGAAAAUCCGUCAGAAAAUCAAGAAAAUCUGACAGAAAAUUUGUCAGAUUUGACAGAAAAUGUAACAGUUUUGACACAAAAUUUGAUGAAUUCCAGUGGAUAUUAUUUGAGGUAUUUCCUUCAUGCAGCUGUUGAUCAUCCAUCGAAAGCUAAUUCCAAAGCAAUAAUAGAUGCAAUAAAUGAAGAAAGAAUCACAGGAUUUGGAAUUAUUGAAGCAGCUUUAGCACUUUCAAAAAUGGAUUAUUUCGAACAUGAAACAAACAAGAGUUUGUUAAUGCACUUACUCAAAGCAUUGAAUGAUUUCAAAGACAAAGAUGAAAUGAUCAUUGAUGUCAUUACAAAAGCGAUCAAAGCAUUUCCUGAUACAGCAAAUUCCGAAAUGUUCAGGACAUUGAACCAAAACAGACCUGACAUUGUCUAUUCUCUUGUUCCUGCACUGAAAGAAAUCCAAGAUAAGGAUGAAUUCGCUAAUUAUCUGACAGAAAACGCGAAGAAUGAGAAUGAUAUCAGAUUACUCAUUGCCAUUGUUGACAAAUCAUGUGAUUACAAGAAGUUAUUUAGAUUAGUUGAAAAAUUUGCUGAAUCUAUUCCUCUUUCUUUGGAUUUGUUGAAUUCCGCAAUCACUUUGAACGAAAAUAUUCCAAAGGAAGACUUAGAAAACAUUGUUAACAUUUUAUUAAAUCUUAUUCCUGAAAGAAAGGCAACAAAUAUUUUGUUGGAAAUCAUCAAAAAACAAAAUGAUUUCAUGUCACAAGUCACAGCAAAAAUCAAAACCAUGGUUGAUAUCAAAGUCGAUCAAUGGAAUUACUCCAUAACUGAGAUGACAAAAUCCACAAAAAUUGGUCUUAAAAACCUUGGUGCAACAUGUUACAUGAAUUCUGUUCUUCAAGUUUUAUUUGCAAAUGAAGAAUUUCGUAAUUUAAUUCAGCAAGAAAACGAUGAAGACAAGAAAUGGUUGAAAGCAUUGAAAGAAAUCUUCUUGAGAAUGGAAUACACGAAACUUCCUUUUGUUGAUACAUCAGAGUUCCUUUCUAAUUGGUGUUUCUACGGAUCAGAACCAACAAAUCCAAGAGAACAACAAGAUGCGAAUGAAUUUUUGAUGUUGUUGUUAGACAGACUUCCCCUUGCAGGAAAAUUGUAUCAGGGAGUAACUGUUACUUACAUGGAUGCAGAGAAUCAAAGGGUCAAUGAAAAGGAAGACAAUUUCUAUUUCAUUCCUUUGGAAGUGAACAAAAUCCACACAAUGAAUGACGGUUUCAAAGUUUUCUUGGAGCAUGAAUUUUGCACAGGAUACUUCGUCCAAAAACUCAACAGAAAAGUUGAUAUUGAUAGAUAUUCUCGUAUAAGAAAAUGUCCGAAAUAUCUCGCAAUUCAACUAAAGAGAUUUGAUUAUAAUUUGAACACGUUCCAGAGAAUUAAAGUUGAAGGAAAUUUCAUCGUUCCUGACUCAUUAGACAUAGCAGAAAUUUCUGAUAAUAACCAGUCUUUGAAAUAUGAUUUACAAGGUGUUGUUGUUCACAAAGGAAAUGCACAAAGUGGUCAUUAUACUGCAAUGACAUUGAAUGGAAAUGAUAUUUUCGAAUAUAAUGAUACAUUUGUUUCUAAAAUCUCAAGAAAAGAAUAUGAAACAAAUUGUUAUGGAAGUCAAUCAAAAUCUAUGAGUUUAUAUGAUUUCGAGGAUCAUAAACCUUCCGCUUAUUUGCUGUUCUACAAAUUACACGAAACAGAUGAAAAAAUUGAGAUAAAUCCUGUUCCGACCGAAUUAAUCACAAAAAUUCAGAAAGAAAACGAAGAUUUUGAGAAGAAACAAAACGGUUUUAGUCCGAACAUCAUGAAAUUAGUAUCAUUUUUGAAUGACAAAGAAUUGAAUGAAAUCUAUUUCUUCAAUGUUUUCUGCCAUUCCAAACCAGAUUCAUUUGAAACAGAAGCAAAGACACAAUUCAUUGAUAAUUUGUCAUUUGAUGUUGACAAACGAAGAGAUGAUUUAAUUAAAAUCAUUGGAGAAUGUUCCAAUGAAUUCAUUAUUGAUUCUACAAAGAAAAUUUGUUCGAAAUUUAUGACAAAAGAAUUUGCAUUGUUCUUAUUGGAAAAGAUAGAAUCAGUUUACAAGAACUGGAGAUGUUUAGAAGUUAUUAUUAGUUUAAUAACAAAGAUCUCUGAAACAGAUAUUGAUUGGUUUAUUUCGAAUGAAAUUCCACAAAAACUUAUUAUGGUUUUGAUCAAAAUUGUUGAAGAAAGUACAAAUUCUGUUUUCUUGCAAAACGCGAAUUUCUCUGAUAUUUUGAAGUUCAUUAAUGAACACAAUGAAUGCAUCACGAAAGAAAUAAUAGAUGUUAUAUUUAAGAAUGGUUUUAAGUUGCUGCAAUCAACGAGAAAUGAUACAUUGUUUAUUGAAAUUGUAAAGAAAGGAGAAACAAAGAAUCUCUGUAAAUUUGAAGAGUUUAUAUCAGAGAUUAUCUCUAAAUCAAAUAAUUCCAGGUCAUCAUCAUUUGAAUUACUUUUCUGUUCACUUGUUUUGUCUUGCGAAUCAAGUGAAGAGUUUGAAAAAUACGCAAACAUCUUCAUUGAUUCGCCAAAAGUGGUAAAUGAAUCUAUCGUCGAAUCUUUAACACAAUUAAUUCAAGAAAAAAGUGACACGAAAAAGAAAAUUGUCAAUUUUGGAUAUAAUAUUUUAUACAAAUUGGCAACAUCUGAUGACAACGAAAUUCGUGGAAAAACAGAGCAAUUCUUUGUCAAAUUGUUUAAGUCUGUUUCUGCAUUGGAUAUCAAUUAUUCCGAGUCACUUUUGACAUCAGAAAGUGAAGUGAAAUUAUUAUGGAAUGACAAAGGUUCAAACAAGAAUUUGGCAGACGAUGAAAAAGAAUUUAUGCUAUUUUUGUUAGAGAAAUACUUUGAAAAACUGAAAUCAGGUUUCAGAGAUUUGUUGACAGGAAGAAAUGCAAAUUGCAGAUUGUUAACAAUCUUGAGAGUUUCGCUGCUCAUGGUAUUAAGAUCUCAAUUCAUUCCUCAAGGAUUCUUUGACUUAUUAAUUGAAAUGAUUUUGACAAUUUAUGAAAUGAAAGUCAAAAGUGAUGUGAACACUUUAGAAAUCAUCAGAUGUUUCUUUGUUUGCAAUUUCGAAACAGGACAGAAAUACUCUGGAAAAUUCCUAGAAAUUGUUAAUGCGAUGUUUAGUUUGGAAGCGAAUGAUUUGAUAAAACAAGCGAGAUUAACAAUGAUUCUGUUUUAUCUCUCGAAUUUGAUGACAAAAGAGAACUUAUUGGAGUUCACGAAACUUCCUUACAUCCAGGAAGCAUUUAGUACUGCAUUCUCUGUUGGAUUCCAAUCUCUUUCUGCAUUGACUUUCUUGGCAGUGAAGAAUAAUGAUUUCAAAGAAAUAAUUUCCACAGAAAUUUUCAGAAAAUAUGAAAAAGUGUCAGAGCGUGGAUCAAGAUUUACUAAGCUUUCUGAAGCUAUUGACGCAAAUGAUGUAUCCACAUCCAUGAGAAAUUAUACAAUGGAUCUAAUGAAACAAAUCGACCAAGGAGAUCCAUCCCAAUUAAUCCUGAAAAUGAGUGACUUCAAUGAACACGUAAUAAAGAGAACUUUGCCAAAACAAAAGGCCGAAUUCGAACUUUCUUCUGAUGAUGAAGGAAUCGAUGAAUUACUAUAUGGUAAGAAUGAUACAUUUUCUGAAAAUACUAAAUUUUCGGCAAAACCGUCAUUCCGAAAAAUGGCAGAAAAAUUAUUGCAUAAAGAUAAAGAAAUUAAAAAAGUGACAGUAAGUGAAAAAGUGGUAGAUGAUUUACCAAUCCAAAAAGUGACAAAUAUUGAUUUGGGGAAAGUGACACACAUAUCAACCCAAAAAGUGACAGAAAAUUUGACAAAUGAAAAUAAAGAAAAAGAAUCUCUUGAGAAAUUCCUUGGACUUGAUUAUGAGAUGGUUUAUCAAGUUCUUCAGGUUUUCAAUAAAUACAAAGAAACAAUUAAAACAGUUUACAUUCCAGAAUUUUCACAAAUGAUUGUAAAUCUCUGCGAAUGUUCUGAAAUAAACAAACAGAUACUCGGUAAUCUUAGGGAAUUAUGUUCCCAAACAACAUCUAAGGAGCAGAUGAGAGUAUUAAUUCCUCUUGCUUUUAUUUCUUGUUUCUCUUUGACAAUGGAAGACAGACAAGAAAUAGGAGGAAUGAUCAUGGAGAAUUCCCUUGAAACUGCAUCAGAAUUGACUUGUUCUGAACACGUAGACAUCGGAAAAGCUGUUGUUAAGAUUGUAGAAACAGAUGGAUACGAAAAUCAUUGCGGAUGGGGUCCGACAUUCCUUUCUGCAGUGAUUCCUCAUUCAUUUUAUUGGGAAGGCCAACAUCAUCUGAUUUCUUUGGUUUUGUCUCAAACAGAUGUCAAUGAUUUGACAAUUGUGAUUCUAUCUGCUUUGGAUAAUGUUGAAAGCGAUUCAAAGAAAGUCCAAAUUGUUAAAAUGAUGGUGAGAUACAUCCCUUCAAGAAAGGAUGAAAUAAUUUCUUGCGCAAAGAGUAUUUACGAGGAUUUGGAUUUUAACUCAAUAGAAAACUCUGAACAAAAGAUAGUUGUAAUUGAUUAA